AUGCACCUGCAUCUUUCAGGGUUACUCUUCUUCCUGGUGAUCUCACUGCCUGCAGGUCACUGUGCAGUCGGGAAUAAAGGUGUAGAAUUUCAAACAUGUACCGCAGUCAACGGCGUUUGUUUCUUUGGCUGUCGGCCAGGAUGGAUAUGGGUCGCCUUCUGUAACAACCUAAUGUCCUGCUGUAAAAGGGACAAUGAAUUUGUACUUCCUCAAACCAAAGGUAUAUGA